AUGUCCAAAGCUGACACUCACCAUCACGAGUCCGUCGAAUUCGGACCCGCAGAAUCAGGAUCAGAAUCAUCCUCGCAUCACACACCUACCGUAACUGAACUUCGGUCCCCGGUCGACCUUCCCAGAGAACCGACCUUGGAUGAUGUCCAGCGCUUUGCAGAGGCCCAGCGAUUGAUACACUGCCUCGAUGUUUUACGAAAGGCUGCUAUCGUCCUCCGGGGUGAAACCCCGUUGGACAGUAUCGCGGACCUGAGCCCCCACGAGAAGAAGGCCUUACAGAACGAGACCGACAGGAAAUGGCAACAACCAAAAAUGUUAUAUUUUACCAUUCUAGUCUGUUCCAUCGGUGCAAUCGAGCAAGGCUGGGCCCAGACAGGCAUGAAUGGAGCGAACCUGUAUUUUCCACGGGCGUUCGGUAUUGGGUCCAAAAGCAAGCAUGACACCUUCAUCGUCGGGCUCAUCAAUAGCGGCAUAUAUCUCAGCACAGGGGUUCUUGGUGCCUGGCUCUCCGAUCCCAUCAAUAAUCGAUUAGGCAGACGAGGGGCCGUCUUCUUUGGUAGCUCCCUGUGCCUGAUUUCGAAUCUUGGAUCUGCUUUCAGUCGAAGUUGGCCUGAACUGCUGGCAUUUCGCUUUAUUCUUGGAGCUGGCUUGGGGAUUAACGCCAGCACUGUAUCCGUUUAUGCUGCAGAAUGUGCGCCACCUACGAUUCGCGGCGGAUUAGCAGUAUCGUGGCAGAUGUGGGUGGCCUUUGGCAUAUUUCUCGGAUUUGUCGCCAAUGCAGCAGUCUAUAAUUAUGGCGACGAAGCUUGGAGGCUACAACUUGCAGCGCCCUUCAUACCGAUCGUACCUCUGCUCGUCAUGCUGUACAUCUGCGCUGAGUCGCCUGCCUGGUACAUAAAACAUGGCGAACGCUACGAUCGGGCGUUUCGAUCACUCUGCAAAUUGCGAAAUACGGAGCUGCAGGCGGCAAAGGAAGUUUACGCUACGUAUGUGCAAAGGCGAGCCAGAUCAAAAGUCAGCGGCCCAGAUGAUGUCUCUUUCUUCGGGAAGAUCAUCGAGUUGUUCACAAUUCCCCGGAUCCGGCGGGCUAUUACGGCAUCUUAUGUGGUUAUGCUCUCACAGCAGCUAUGUGGCAUUAAUAUCAUUGCCUUCUACUCAUCAACAAUCUUCUCUGACGCCGGAUUUUCUACCUUUGGUGCUUUGCUAGCUUCCUGCGUGUUUGGCUUGGUCAAUUUUAUUGGCGCAUUUCCGGCAGUGUGGACUAUGGACACUCUGGGCCGCCGUUCACUGUUGCUCCUGACCUUGCCGCUGAUGGCAAUAACGAUGCUGGCGGCAGGCCUGAGUUUCAGCAUACCAACGCAAAGCCCGGCACAUUUUGGACUCCUUGCUACCUUGAUCUAUCUAUUUUGCGCGCUGUAUUCGCCCGGGAUGGGUCCUGUACCAAACACAUAUUCGGCAGAGGUGUUCCCUCUUUCACACCGAGAAGUCGGCAUGAGUUUUGCUGUGGCCACAGCGAACUUCUGGGCAGCCGUUCUUUCCCUGACGUUUCCGAGAAUUCUCACCGCUUUGAAGUCACAGGGAGCAUUCUCCCUAUACGCAGUGCUCAACGUUGUCGCCGUCUUCCUGGUCUUCCUUUUCGUUCCCGAAACUCGGCUGAAGACACUCGACGAAUUGGACGAUGUGUUUUCAAUUCCUACGCGAAGUUUCAUCAAACACCAAAUUACCGAGUAUUUGCCCUGGGUAAUGAUGCGUUAUGUCAUGCGACAAAAGGAAGCCGAAUUACUACCACUGACAGUUGAGGAGUAUCGAGAACUUGGCCAAAGCGAAGAAGAUGGCGAAGAAGAGGAAGCAAUGUGA